UUGUUAUGGUGUUUUUUGAGCGUAAAUACUGCUGAAACAGUUAAAUAUGUCUUCGGAUGAUGUGGUAGAUGCAGAUUUUUGUGAAAAUCCGGAAAAUUUUGGUGAAAAAACCGUCGAGAAUGAUGAUAUAGAAAAAUCCUCAGUAGAAAUGCUGAAUAUUGGGUUAGAAGAUCCAAUAAAAGAAAUGGCACUUUUGACAGAUGAAGAAAAGGCAUGUAAGAUUAAAGAGCUUAAAGAAAAAUUGAAUGAGAAACGUAUGCUUCAAAAGAUUCGAGAAGAGCAGGAAGCACGUGAGAAUGAAUUAAUUCGUCGUAAAAGAGAUCGGGAGUAUGUGCAAUUAGUCGAAGAACAGAAAAGACAGGCGCAAUUGAGAGAGAUUCAGUUGAGAAAGGAAGAAAAGAAACAAGAUCUUCUUGAGAAAAGGCGAAUUAGAGAGCUAAUUGAGGCAGAUAAGCGUGAGCGUAAAGAACGGGCAGAGCGAGCUAUAGCUACAAAAGAUAUAGUACCGCAAAGUUCGUUAUCAGCUGCUCCAAAACCAAAAACUAGCUCAUAUGAUACAUCUCGGUUACAGAUACGUGUUGAAGCAGGAAAACAAUGCCCUUUGAUCAUUCGUGUAUUUUCUUGUGAAGAUACAUUGAGACAUGUAGCUGAGAGCAUCUUUCCAGAAUCGGGAAUUAGUCCUGAUAUGGCUAUAUUUGUUUCAACUUAUCCAAAAAAAGAAUAUUUUGGAAAUGAUCUAGAUAAAAAUCUUAGAGAACUUCAAUUAGUUCCAUCAUGUGUACUUAUUCUUCGAUCCUAAAUUUUUUUAUUACAUUAUAUUAUAAUAAAGCGUAUGGCUUUAA